GAGGCUCCGCCAGGCGCUGGAAGAGUCACAGAGGAUGAGCCCCGUCACCUGCCUGUGAAGAGGGGAAUCCCUGCAACCACAGACUUCUGUACCAGGUGGUUUCCUCCGGUAGCUGGGGGAACCUUGGAGGCAGAACCCAGAAGCACAAUGGCCUCCGACCUAGAGAGCAGCCUCACCUCCAUAGACUGGCUGCCCCAGCUAACUCUCCGAGCUAGUAUUGAGAAGCUGGGGAGCGCUUCUCAGGCUGUGCCUCCAGGGGGCAGCCGAAAGUGUUCCCCAGGCUCUCCCACAGAUCCUAACGCCACCCUCAGCAAAGAUGAAGCAGCAGUCCACCAAGAUGGCAAGCCACGCUACAGCUACGCCACCCUCAUCACCUAUGCCAUCAACUCAUCGCCAGCCAAGAAGAUGACCCUCAGUGAGAUUUACCGCUGGAUCUGCGAUAACUUCCCCUAUUACAAGAAUGCUGGCAUUGGUUGGAAGAAUUCCAUUCGACACAACCUUUCUCUUAACAAGUGCUUCCGGAAGGUGCCCAGACCUCGGGACGACCCUGGGAAGGGCUCUUAUUGGACAAUUGACACCUGCCCUGACAUUUCCCGGAAGAGAAGGCACCCUCCAGAUGAUGACCUGCCCCAAGACUCCCCAGAACAGGAGGCCAGCAAAAGCCCCCGGGGAGGUGUUCCAGGGAGUGGAGAAACCUCACUGCCUCAUGAGGGGACUCCUCAGAUGUCACUGCAGAGCCCCUCUUCCAUGGCCAGCUACAGCCAGGGCCCGGGGUCUGUGGAUGGUGGAGCAGUGGCAGCAGGGGCUCCAGGCCGCGAAAGCACAGAGGGCGCCCCUCCCCUCUACAACACCAACCAUGACUUCAAAUUCUCCUACUCAGAGAUCAACUUUCAGGACCUCAGCUGGUCCUUCCGCAACCUCUACAAGUCCAUGCUGGAGAGGUCCUCCUCUUCCUCACAGCACGGGUUUUCCUCACUCCUGGGAGACAUGCCGCCUUCUAACAACUACUACAUGUACCAGCAACCUCCACCUCAGCAGCAGCAGCAACAGCAGCAGCAGCCGCCGCCGCCCCAACAGUCACAGCCACAGCAGCCACAAGCACCCGCACAGGGCCCCUCAGCUGUAGGGGGUGCCCCUCCACUGCACACCCCAAGCCCUGAUGGUUGUACUACCCCAGGGGGAAAACAAGCCGGAGCCGAAGGCUAUGGCCCCCCCGCUGUGAUGGCCAUGCAUCCCCCGCCACUGCAGCAUGGCGGCUACCACCCUCAUCAGCACCAUUCCCACCCUGCCCAGCAGCCACCGCAGCAGCAAGCACAGAGCCAGGCGCCCAUCAACAGCACUGGCUUUGGUGAGCACGGAGGGGACAGAGGAAGCUGGGAGGAGGCCUUCCCUCCAGACUGGUGCUCCAAUAUCGACUCCUUAAAGGAGAGCUUCAAAAUGGUGAACCGGCUCAACUGGUCCAGCAUUGAGCAGUCCCAGUUCUCAGAGCUGAUGGAGAGUCUACGGCAGGCAGAGCAGAAGAACUGGACCCUCGACCAGCAUCACAUUGCCAACCUGUGUGACUCGCUCAACCACUUCCUCACCCAGACUGGUCACAUGCCCCCACAAGGGGGCUCCCACCGACCAUCUGCCCCCGCCCGCAUCACUGACUCCUGUGCUCUUACCAGCGGCAAACCAGAGCCAUCCAUGAACCAAGUGAACUCUUAUGGGCAUCCACAAACCUCCCAUCUCUACCCUGGCCCAGCACCAAUGUACCCAAUCCCCACCCAGGACACAACAGGAUACAGUCGCCCAGCACACCACAUGGUUCCUCGACCACCUGUCCCACCUCCUGGUGCCAGUGAGGAGAUUGCUGAUGACUUCGACUGGGACUUGAUCACUUAAUGAAUCAGAGUGGACAUCAGCCCACGGCCUGGUGGUGAAGUCUCACCAUGGGGGAAGAACAGUCCCCGCCCAUCCUCCCCAAACCUGUAUAUAGAUAUAUAGCUUCUUCCCAUUCUCUCUGUCAGAGAAGCCACCGCAAGAUGCUGCCGAAGAUAAUCCCAUUUCCUUCCGCAUUCUCUGUUCCCUCCUAGUUCUUUUAUUAUUAUUCUAAUUAUAUUAUUAUUAUUAUUGGUUAUAUGCUGCCCAGUCUACUGCCCCUCACCAUGGGCUAAGCCCUCCUCUUUCCUAUUUGAAAUUUUCAAGCUGCAAAUCUUGGCCAUGGUAGCCGUAGAGAAAGGUUUGAAAUUCUUAUUCACCUUUCUCUGAGAAAUGCAAUGCUACUUCUACCUUUCCUCUCUAGAUUGUGUUCUGUUCCUGUCUGUUUCAGGCUGGCCUGAAGAGGCCUCAGCAAGGGGAGGGGGUCUAAGACACUGUUUGGCAGCCAUGACUUUGCAGGUUUUAUUCAAUGGUGCUAAUUGUGUCCUCUGAACUCUUCCUUUAUGUACCCAGCCUUUUCUUCUGGUAGUCCUCAUUCCCCAUGGAGGGUAGAAAGCCGUGGAGAAGUGCUGGGCUGUAAAUCAGCAUGAGGUUAGGUGGCACUGCCAUGUCAGGGCAUCCCUGGUUUCUUUCCACCAUGUCAGGGCAUCCCUGGCUUCCUCCUGCCCUAUCAGGGCAUCCCUGGUUUCUUCCUGCCAUGUCAGGACAUCCCUGGCUUCUCCCUGCCAUGUCAGGGCAUCCCUGGCUUCUCCCUGCCAUGUCAGGGCAUCCCUGGCUUCUCCCUGCCAUGUCAGGGCAUCCCUGGUUUCUUCCUGCCAUGUCAAGGCAUCCCUGGUUUCUCCCUGCCAUGUCAGGGCAUCCCUGGUUUCUUUCCGCCAUGUCAGGGCAUCCCUGGCUUCCUCCUGCCAUGUCAGGACAUCCAUGGCUUCCUCCUGCCUUGUCUAGGUAUCCCUGAUUUCCUCCUAGAUCACGCUCUCAGGUUAGCUUAUAUGGGAGGGCAUGAGGACCACUGUUCAUUAUAGGUUCAGCAUCUUGGGAACACUUUCAACUUAAAGCAUUUGACUUUGGAAAAUAAUUCUUUCUGAGAAUUAACUGUGGCUAUUACUGCAUAUGUAAAUUAUCUUCCAUCUUUUCCCCUUCAGCAAAUACUAUUUUGUCUUCCUAUAGCUAUUUGUCCAAAUAAUCCACCUGUCUUAUUUUUGUCUCCCAUUUUCUGGGAGCCUCAAAUGACAAAAGGAAGCCAUUCUCAUUCUGGGUUUCCUCAUGCCCUGGACGUGCUCCGGAAACUUCUUUCCUGCCUGUCUUGGCAGACCCAUAUCCGUGAUAUUGCUGAUAGGAGGGAGGGGAAAAAGGAAGUUGGCAUAGACGCAGGGCAGGAAUGUGUUGUCUGUUUAACAACACAGGGAGUGCUGCUCCUGAAAUCCCUAUCAGUGGGGUUGAAGCUUUUGCUUUUGACGGGCAGUGAAAAUUAUAAGAGGGAAAUUAAUACAGAGACAGGAUCCAGUGAGGGCAGGUCACUCCUACCGUAGGAUGAGUAAUCUCCAUUAACAGUAAGUGGCCAGGGCUUACUGCUCAGAGUUCUCAGUGAGUGUGUUUAUUGGAUUUGACUUGAGAGAGGGAGACCAAGUUUACUUACAUUUUUCUGGAAUGGACAAAAUGCAUAGACUAGACAAGGUCGAUCUCUUUGUGGUUUCUGAGAUUUGUUCAUUUUCUUUUGUUUAUCCAUGAUUUCCAGACAGUGUGCUUUCCAUUCUGAUUUCCCCUUCGCCCUUUCCUUUCUUUAGAAGGGGUUUGUGUAUGAGAUUGUCGCAGUCCGGUGAGGCAAGGUGAAGGGGCAAGCUAGGGCAGUUCACUGAAGAGCACUUUAUCUCUUGAAGAAGCCUUCGUAAGGAAAGAAGGGGGAUAAGAAAAAGCCAGUGACCUCCAGCACGAUGGGAGAUUAUAUUGGGGAGCGUUUGGUAGGGUUGAACUAUGAUGCAGUGUUUCCCACUGGGGAAGGGAGUGUUUCUCUAGUGGGCAGCACAUGCCUUUGCUUGGUACCCAGUUGGGCAUCUCCUUGUUCCUUCCAUCCAGGUUUAUUCUCCGUAGUUUCCCUUUGGUUUUUCCCCAACCUCUUGCCUUUGCAGAGCAACACUCCUCUUUUCUAAAGCUUUCCUGGUCAGAUCUCUACGAGGUUGGGAAGGGCAGGCUGAACCACACUCCUAAAGGCCCCUGGCUCCUCCGUGUCCUGAGAACCAGUCUUGUGAAGAGCCCCAGUGGGCAGCCAGAGCGGCUGAAGUAUGGGCUGGGCCUGGAGAUGGCCUGAGGCCUCCUGGGCUUCCAGCUCUCCUCCACCAGGCUCAGGCUUGCAAAAUGGCACAGGACAAACUUGAUUCCCUUUGAGCCUCAGUUUCCCUCCCCUCCGUGAAGCGGAAAGAAAACUACUUCAUUUUGUUGGUCCAGUGUUGCUGGACGUGAAGUUUUGUCGUUGUUGUCUUGGGUGAUGUGUGCAAAAUUGUAGGAGUCACUGCCUCUAAGAGGAAAUAAGGGAAAAAGCAGAGGAGGAGGACAGAAGGAGAGGUCAUUUGGUAUUGAUCCGCCAAUCCUAGGCUUCCUCUCCUCAACUCCCCAUGUUUCUAGUUUGGUGAGUUCUUUAUACCACCCAUAAUGCUUUGCAUUGGUGCAGGCUGGGAAGAUGGUGUAUAGGCUCACAACUUAAUUUUUUUUUGCAUGCUUUCUUAAUAAAAAAACAAA